CCCAAGCAAGACAGCACCGACAUCAUGGACAAAGGCAUGCUCAAGAAGAGGAAGCUGAACAACGGCUCUCCCUCCGCGGGAGCAGUCCCUAAGAAAUCGAGCUUCAAAAGCCUCCCGCUCAAAUCUUCGAAAUUCUCGAACCCCUCGAAAUUUUCCAAAUCACACACGAAAGAUGGCGCGCGCAAAGCUCCAACCACCGCAGGCGAGCCUUCCUCCUCCUCGAAACCGAAGCCUACGAGAGCAGUCGAACCCGAAUCCUCAGACUCCUCCGAGUCCGAGGGCGAUAAAGAUGAAGCCUCCGACGAAGACGGAGAAGAAGAGGUUGCAGAGCCAACACCCGAAACCACACCCACCAGUGAGAAUGAAGAGGUGGUGCAAAAAUCAUUCGCGGACCUAGGCAUAAUAGAGAGUCUCUGUGAGGCGUGUGUAAAUCUAGGCUACAAGUUCCCAACGCCUGUACAGGCAGAAGCUAUACCACUCGCGAUCGAAGGCCGAGACUUGAUCGGUCUGGCAGAGACGGGCUCUGGCAAGACGGCUGCAUUCGCAUUGCCGAUAUUGCAAGCACUCAUGGAUAAACCACAGCCUCUAUUCGGCUUAGUGCUGGCACCGACGCGAGAGCUCGCAUAUCAGAUUUCGCAGCAAUUCGAGGCGUUGGGGUCUUUGAUAAAUGUGCGAUGCGCGGUCCUCGUUGGUGGUAUGGAUAUGGUUCCUCAAGCUAUUCAGCUGGGCAAGAAGCCUCACAUCGUUGUUGCGACACCGGGAAGACUUUUGGAUCACUUAGAGAAUACGAAGGGCUUCUCACUGCGCAACCUGAAGUAUCUCGUAAUGGACGAAGCAGACCGACUCCUCGAUCUCGAUUUCGGACCUGUAUUGGACAAAAUCCUUAAGGUUCUCCCGCGAGAAGGACGACACACCUAUCUCUUCUCCGCCACAAUGUCCUCCAAAAUCGAAUCCCUCCAACGCGCCUCCCUCCACAACCCCGUCCGCGUCAGCAUCAGCAGCUCCUCCCACCAGACCGUCUCCACCCUCCUCCAAUCCUACAACUUCAUCCCCCAGAAGCACAAAGACCUCUACCUGAUCCACCUCCUCAACGAAAACCUCGGCCACCCCGCCAUCGUCUUCACCCGCACCGUCAACGAAACCCAGCGCAUCGCCAUCGCACUGCGCACCCUCGGCUUCGGCGCCAUCCCGCUGCACGGUCAGCUCUCGCAGUCUGCGCGGCUGGGGUCGCUCGCCAAGUUCCGCUCGCGCAGUCGAGAUAUCCUCGUUGCGACGGACGUGGCGGCGCGUGGGCUGGACAUCCCGAGUGUGGAUUUGGUGGUUAACUUUGAUCUGCCGCCGGAUUCGAAGACGUAUGUGCAUCGGGUGGGACGGACGGCGAGAGCGGGGAAGUCGGGGAAGGCGGUUAGUUUUGUUACGCAGUAUGAUCUGGAGAUCUGGUUGAGGAUUGAGAAUGCGUUGGGGAGGCAGUUGGAGGAGGAGAAGGUCGAGAAAGAUGAGGUGAUGGUGCUGGCGGAGAGAGUGGGCGAAGCGCAGCGCGAGGCUGUGAAGCAGAUGAAGGUAUUGCAUGAAGGUAGAGGAAAGAGGGGUGCAGUGCUCAAGGGGCGGAGGAGAGAGGGAGGUGGUGGCGGUGGGAAGAGGGGUAGAGAUGAUAUGGAUAGGGAGGAGGGUUAGUUCAGGUUCAGGUAGGUGGCGAUUGCAUGCGAUUGGAGAGUUUCAGGUUCCUUCACAUUUGCAGUACUUUAUUAAAAGUGUCAAUUGUGUCGAAAACGUAUAGUUCCAGGAGUUACCCGUUGUGAACUUGCUACACUGCAAUACUACUGCCAGUACGGCGUAGAAGCGCGAGCGAGAGCUAUAGAAAAUGGUACCAAAC